AUCAGAAGCGGGGUUGGGUGUGUCUUAUCAGCAGCGCGUUAUCAGUGUUAUAUAAGCGCGGAGCGGCGGGUAAACAGCGAGUAUUGGGAUUAUUAUCGAUUAAAGAUGGCGCUGUCGGUCGCUGACCGCGCCGCCGGGGCGAUUAUCGGCUCAGCCGUGGCCGACGCUGCAGCUCAGCCGAUGCACUGGGUUUAUAACCUGCAGCAGCUGGAGGAAUAUCUGGCCGAUGAUCCGGAACCGGAGUUCCGGUCCGAGUCGGUGAAUCCGUUCUACAGGAGGGAAACCGGCCGGCAGAGCUGCUACGGAGAUCAGAGCUACGUUCUGCUGGAGUCGCUCUCCGAGUGCAGAGGUCUGGAUGUGGAGGAUCUGAAGAGGCGAGUGUACGGGUUCUUCGGGCCGGGAUCAGAGUACGACUCUCCUGUUAAUGAUCCGUACAGAGAUAAAGGAGCUCCGAGACCUCAGCUGCCGAUUGAAGGCCCCUGGAGGCAGGCCAGCCUGAAGAGCUUCAUCAGGAACGUGGAUUCAGGAAAAUCAGAAACAGGGUGUGAUAGUGAUGUGCAGAUGGACGGCGUGGCGAGGCUCGCUCCUAUCGUAGCGUUUUACGCAGGAAAGCCUGAAAUGCUGGAGAAAGUGGAGGACUCUGUUCGGGUCACGCAGAAUAACGACCAGAGCGUCGCCGUGACCCUCGCCGCCGCCCGGUUCCUGGAGCACUUUAUUCUGAACGGUGCUGAUCCAGAAGUCCUGCCCACCGUCCUGAAGCAGCUCAACGACCCCAACAGGACAAACCCACAGGAUCUGGACAAAGCUGUAGCCGGACAAAUUCAGGAAGUGAAGGAAAAUCUGAGUAAAUCCCAGAAGGAGCUGAUUCCUGCAGUGUUUACCAACACCUGACGUUUGCCGGGUGCGUUCCAGGCAGCGCUGCAUGGUGUUCUGACGGCUGCAGGGUUUGAGGAGGCGGUGAGGAACACUAUGAGCUGUGGAGGAUGCACCUGCAGCAGGAGCUCCUUUAUUGGAGCCUGUAUCGGCGCUCAGGUUGGUGUUGAGGGGAUUCCGGAGUCGUGGAAGAGUCGGACUCUGAGAUACAGCUCACUACUGGAGCUCACUGAGAUCACUACUGGAUCAGAGCGAGUGUGAACGCUUUAUGAGCUCCUGUGGUUUAAUAAGAACAGUUUAUGAUGGUUCAGACUGAAAUCUGUGUAAAGUCGGAACUGGAUUCAUUUGUUUUGUUAAAUCUCAGCAGUUCAUGUUAAAAAUGAUCCACAGUGUGCAAUAAAACUAUUUUAUUUUAA